CCUCCCUCAGUCCGCUGCCUCAUCUCUCCAUCCCCCGGCAAACAGUCAGCCUGCAGCCGGCAUGGCCUCCGUUAGCUUCAACACUCACCGCCUGGAGCUGCUGGCUGCCUACCAGGAUGUUAUUCAAGAAGACAACCCCAAAGACUGGGCAUUGUAUACAUAUGAGGAUGGCACAGAUAAUUUGUCAUUGGCGGCGUCAGGAGGAGGUGGGUUACCUGACCUUGCCAGUCAUUUUGAGAAUCAGAAGGUGAUGUAUGGUUUCUGCAGUGUGAAGGAGCCUCACGCAAUGCUAGCCCGAUAUGUACUUAUCAAUUGGGUUGGGGAAGAUGUCCCAGAUGCCAGAAAAUGUGCUUGUGCCAGUCACGUUGCCCAGGUUGCUGACUUUUUCCAGGGUGUGGAUGUCAUAGUGAAUGCCAGCAGUGUGGAAGACAUUGAUCCUAUGGCCAUCGGUCAACGCCUCUCCAAUGGCUCUGGACGACUGUCUAGCCCUGUUAUGCAGAGACUGCAGCUUAAAGAGGAUGGUGAAACUGUGGGCACCAAUUACCAGAAGACAAAUGCAGCCAUAGAAAUGAAACGCCUCAACAGAGAACAGUUCUGGGAGCAAGCCAAGAGGGAAGAGGAGGAAAGGAAGCAGGAAGAGCGACAGAAAGCUUUGGAAGAGAGACUUCGCUUUGAGCAGGAGCGCAUGGAGCAAGAGCGCAAAGAGCAGGAGGAACGCGAGAAACGCUAUCAGGAAAGAGAGCAGCAGAUAGAAGAGCACAGGAAGAAGCUUCUAGAUGAAGAGGCUGAAGAGGCAAAAAAAAGGUUACAGAGCAACUCAAUAUUUAUGGAACAGAAAGAUGACGACGAGGUGGCAGACCAAAAAAGAACAGAAAGUGAAGUGGAGGAGGCUGCAGCCAUUAUUGCUCAGCGCACAGAGAACCCACGAGAAUUCUUCAGACAAGUAGAAAGAGCCACUACAGAUUCCGUCUCUACACUCCUGACACCUCGGACAGGUGAAGAGAACGAUAUAGCCGUAAGAAGUUCCUCUGAAGCUGGCCCUCCUCGAUCUUCAGAAACAGAACGCCGUAGUAGCCUGGGUGAAGAAUGGAACAAGGCCAUGAGUUUAGAGCCAGUCAUACAGGAUGGUUCUUGGACACCCCAGGGACUUACAGAAGAUGUUUUUAUGGAAAACAAAGAGGAUGAUGUGGGGUUCCCAGCAGCCCCUCAGCUAACUGGAAAUGAGGAGGAAGCAGUUAUGGAAUUAGGAGAGGUGGACUUGUUGACAGAUGUAAAUCCUCCUCCAACACAAGAAGCUCCAAGCUUACUUGACCUGUGGCAAAAUGAUGAGCCGCGGGACUCCAGCUGGGCAGGUGGGAAUUUGAUAUCUUCUCAAGGAGAGAGCCAUGCAGAGCAAAAAGUAUUUGUGGAAACAGAGGCCUGUCCUCCUCCUGUCCCUGAGGAUAACCUUCUGAACUUUGAGGAGUUACCACAACCACCUGCUACAUUCUGUGACAUGGAAGGAGAGGAGGACCCUCAGAGCAUUAUCCACAUUGAAGGGCCACAUCAGAUGACUCUUAGCUACCAGCAUGCAUUGCAGGAAGCCUCUUGCCAUCAGCCAGAACUUACAGACUCCCUCAUGACCAAUGGGGAUACAUCUCAGAGGGAAGGUACACAGGCAAGUGAAGGAUAUUUCAGCCAAUCACAAGAUGAAGAUUUUGCACAAUCAGAUGAAAUGUCUGCCAAAGCUCCUCCCCCUGUUUUCUACAACAAACCACCAGAAAUUGACAUUACCUGCUGGGACUCAGACCCCGUAAUGGAAGAAGAGGAGGAAGAGGAAGGAGGGUUCGGAGAAAGCUCUUAAUUCUGUGUAGUAAUCAACUUGCAAAACACGUGUACUAAAUACGUGACAAAGAAAAAAAAAAUCAUGUGACACAAUCGUGUAACAGCAAAGUAUUGUAGUAAUGGCUGAGAGGCUUCUGCCCUUGCCAGUGUGCGCUAGUAAGGUUCUGCCUGCUUCCGCCCAAGUCGUACCAUUAUCUGAUAUUAUGUGGGAUGGGAGUCAGGAUGUAUCUUACUUUCCUGCCUUCCACUUGUUCUUUUCUAUAUAUUCUCAUGGGCCAGUUUUAGUUGUGCUGGCCCCUCUCUGCUGUUUGACAGAAUUUCUAUAAUUGCUGUUACCCACUCUAGGUUGAGCAAAACUCAUGCUUCAGAGAUAGAAGCAAGGACCUAGCGCCUGGUUGGAAUCAGUGUUAUUUAGCUGUUUUUUUUUGUUUGUUUUUUUUUCUUGUUUUUUUUUUUUGAUAAUGAGCCUAUACCGACUGCCUUUUGCUUUCGGAUUAAUGAAAUGCAGAGAGGUUUUCUUGUUGUAGUUUUAUCUUUGUAACAGGUUCCUGCAGCUUUUUGAGGAAACAAUAUAAAAACAUAUGGCAAUAAUUACCCCAACCACCCAUGCUUAACCCUCCAGAUAAAGGGGCAUAAUUUUCACUGUAGCAUCCCUCCUAUAAUUAUUCAUUUGAAUUCAUUAUUCUAUUUAUUCCUUGUAUGUGGAGGGAAAAAUGCCUUGUUCUUGGAUCACAUGCUCCCAUAUAUAGGGUUUGUGAGGAAGGGAUGUUGUGUACAUACAUAUUUCUUCUCUUGCCCUGUCCCCUUUUUUCUUACAUUCUUCUUAAGCUUUCUUUUUUUUUAUUUUCAUGUUUUAGUACUGUUAUGAAAGCACAACACCUGUACAUACUGUGCUUGUGUGUUAAUAAAGGAGUCUGGAGCCAACCAUAA